CAUCCUCCCAAAUGCACGGAAGAGAAGAGAAUGUCUAAUUCUUUCUCUACCCGAAUCCAAUCCAAUCACCUACAUAAAUACUCCAUUAUAAAUCCCCACCCUUCCCACCUUCACCAUAACUAUACGGUCUAAACUGGACAAAUUCAAAAUUUCAUCAAAGAUUUCAUACCCUUCACCCAAUUGGAAUUACACUUAACCAAUUAAGUAUUAACAAAACCCAGAAACAGCUUCAGCAUUUCCCACCUCCAAUGGCAUCAAUGGCCGCUCUUUUCACCCAAACCCCAUCUCUCUCCUCCCACAAAACCCACAAACCCCAAUACACCAAACCCACCAAAAUCUCCUUCUCUCCCAACCCAGACCCAAGAAAACACCAAAGAAUCUCAUGCGGGCUGAUCGACCCAGAUGGGGGAAAGCUCGUAAACCUCAUAGUGAAGGAGCCCCACAGGUACGAGAAGAGGAGGAAAGCCCAUUCCAUGCCCAAGAUUGAGCUGACCCGGAUCGACCUGGAGUGGGUCCACGUGCUAAGCGAGGGGUGGGCCAGCCCGCUCCGUGGGUUCAUGAGAGAGUCGGAGUUCCUCCAAACUCUUCAUUUCAACUCGCUCCGAGUUGAGGGCGGCGUUGUGAACAUGUCAGUGCCGAUCGUUUUGGCUGUCAAUGACGCGCAGAAGGGAAGGAUUGGGGAGUCGAGUGCGGUGGCUCUUGUGGAUUCCAGUGGCGUCACGGUGGCGAUUCUUAACAAUAUAGAGAUUUACAAGCAUAACAAAGAAGAACGAAUAGCAAGAACUUGGGGCACUACUGCCCCUGGUUUACCUUAUGUCGAGGAAGCCAUAACCAAUGCUGGAAACUGGUUGAUUGGGGGUGAUUUGGAGGUUAUAGAGCCAAUCAAGUACAACGAUGGUCUCGAUCGAUACCGGCUCUCCCCUUCAGAACUCCGCGAGGAAUUUACAAGGCGCAAUGCUGAUGCCGUGUUUGCUUUCCAGCUCCGGAAUCCAGUGCACAAUGGUCAUGCUUUGUUGAUGACAGACACGCGUCGCCGGCUUCUUGAGAUGGGAUAUAAGAACCCCGUCCUCUUGCUUCAUCCCUUGGGAGGAUACACCAAGGCAGAUGAUGUUCCACUUAGUUGGCGGAUGCAGCAGCAUGAAAAGGUACUUGAAGAUGGGGUUCUUGAUCCAGAGACUACGGUGGUUUCUAUAUUCCCAUCACCAAUGCACUAUGCUGGCCCUACUGAGGUGCAGUGGCACGCGAAGGCUCGGAUUAAUGCUGGGGCCAACUUUUACAUUGUGGGUCGAGACCCAGCUGGCAUGAGCCAUCCGGUUGAGAAAAGAGACUUGUAUGAUGCUGAUCAUGGAAAGAAGGUGCUGAGCAUGGCUCCUGGAUUGGAGAGGCUAAAUAUCCUGCCAUUCAGGGUGGCAGCUUAUGAUAAGACUCAGAGUAAGAUGGCAUUCUUUGAUCCCUCUAGGCCUAAUGAUUUUCUCUUCAUUUCGGGCACCAAGAUGCGAACGCUUGCUAAGAACAGGGAGAAUCCUCCGGAUGGAUUUAUGUGCCCCGGCGGUUGGAAAGUUUUGGUGGAUUACUAUGAUAGUGUGGCUUCCAGUAUGAAUGGCAAAGUUCCUGAACCGGUGCCUGCUUAGAUUGGUUUGCUGCUUCAAUCAUGUAUUGCACCCAUUUUGGAGAAACUUCAACCCUUUUUAUAAAUCUCUAAACAUAUCAAUGUUCUGUUCUAAAGAUUCUCUGUCCACCUCUGAUGAAUUAUUUGAGGCGUGUACAGACACACAAGUUUUUAGCCUCGACCCUGUAAUUAUAGAUCCAAGGACAGUAUAUGGAAAUUCUGCAAGUGCAUUUGUGUGCACAAUGUGUUAUAGUGGAUUUGUGUUUUUGAAAAAGCAAAAAACAGUUUUGGGGUGCAUCUGAAUCCGUUGAGCAUAUGUUGCCUGAAUGUAAAUGGAUUCCGGCUUGUUUGGCGAAGUA